AAGUUGCUACGAACUGUAGUGAAGGAAACUUUGGAACUUUCAUAGUGUGAUUGUUCGUGCUACGAUAAAAUAUAAUAACUAAACCAUAACAAUGAGCUCUGUCACGUGUUCGUCAGAAUUUUGCAACUCAGGAUGGGGGGAAGUCCUGACGCAUAUGUCGCCUUACGGAUUCGCGAACUUCGGUGUCGCGUUCGGAUUAGGACUUUCUAUUAUCGGCGCCGCAUGGGGAAUCUGGCUCACAGGAUCGAGUCGUAAGUCAGUUAGUGUAGGAACACUACAUUUGCCAUGGUGGAUUAAGCCUCAUCUCCUGAAACCUCACCCUUGCGAACAUUCGUUCUUGUGUCAUUAAUUUUCUUCUCUCUUUUGGGGUCCUCGACGAAACACAUAAAAUCAUGUGCAUUCUUUGAAUAGUUGUUGGAGCUUCUGUAAAAGCUCCUCGCAUUAUAUCAAAGAAUCUGGUAUCUGUGAUCUUCUGUGAAGCGACUGCUAUUUACGGUUUAAUUAUGGCUAUCAUCUUAGGAAACAAGAUCAAGGAACCCGAAACUGUUUCAUACUAUCUCGAAGAAGGCUGGGAUUACAAUGGCUACUACUACGCUGGAUAUGGAAUGUUCUCGGCUGGCCUUAGUGUAGGAUUAACAAAUGUUGCCAGUGGAGUUAGCGUUGGCCUAGCCGGUUCAUCUUGCGCGAUUGCCGAUGCUCAAGAUGCAAGUCUCUUCGUGAAAAUUUUGAUCGUAGAAAUUUUCGCGAGCGCUCUUGGAAUCUUCGGAAUCAUUGUUGGUAUUAUUCAAUCGAAUGCUUGCACAUUCCCUACGUAUGCUUUAGGUCAAGAGUGAGCGCGAAGAGCGUUCUCUCGUCAGGAAUGAAACGARUCAUUUCUUUAGGCUUGUAAUUUUAAAAUAAUUUUAUGAAAACAUGCUUUGAUCAAACUCUGUACAAAACAAAAUAGGUGGACCUUAGUAAAUUAUUAAAAUUAAA